GAGAUAUUCUACACAGCCUCAGCGACCAUGCUACAGCUCACGAUUGCAUCCGUCUUGUUGCGUAUCACAAGCUCAAAAUCGAUAAGAAAGGUUAUCUGGACUGUGAUCAUCCUCUGUAUCACCAUGGCAAUUGCUACGAUAGCAGAAAUGAUAUUCCAAUGUCAUCCUGUCAGCUUUUUUUGGGAUAGGAUGACACCUGGAGGACACUGCGUCGAUCCCAGCAUUACGACAGCUUUCCAAUAUGCAUAUGCGUCAGUAUCAUGUCUAAGCAACUGGACGCUCGGCAUUUUACCUUGGAUCAUAUGUCGCGAUCUCACCAACCGCAGGCAAAAACAUCAAGUAGCUGGCUUCCUGUGCUUUGCGAACAUUGGAUCAAUUGAGACCACGAUACGAUUCUAUGCAAUUAAUCAACUGCUGAAUACCGAAGACUUUCUUUACGCAAGUGUUCCUCUCGCAGCCUGGAGUGCGGCGGAGGUGGGAACAGGCAUCAUGGCUGUCUCGAUUGCGGCACUUCAUCCGCUGCAACAAUGGAUCCAGGUUAUGAGAGGUCGCGUCACAACACAUCAAAGUAUGGAUCUUGAGACCGUUGUGGUGACGGAGCUGGACGGCUUUCCAGCAAAAGAAUCACAUGUUUGA